AUGCCAACACCUGAUCAUCCCAUUCCACCAUCGGUCCCGUCGCUUUUUCAUUCCAUCUCAAAUGAGGAAGCAUGUUCGAGCUACCUAGCUGAGUUACACUUAGAGCUACCUCUAGCUGCUUCACAGUUUGGUUUAGUCCUGAGUACAGCCCUGGAGUAUAAAAAAGAUCCCACAAAACUUCAUACCGUAAAGCCAAUAUCCGCGCAUUCCUCUGGUCUUAAGGAGCCACACUAUCGAUCCAAACCGUUGCCUGUACACAUACAAAGCUAUGAGACCCAUAAGCAAGGACAGGGACAUGCUGAUGACGUACAGAAAGGUGAAGCACCAAUAGCAGUAGAAAAUGAUGGUGCACAGACGGAAAUAGUAACUUCCACAAAGGUUGAUUUGACAAUUUCAGGUGACGCGUUGACAUUUUAUGCGCGCUGCGAACCGCUCUUGAUGCAGGCAGCUACUAGUGGUUCAGCAACAGAUAAUGGCCUCUCAAAGACCACUGGCUCAUCGCAUGAGGCCUAUAACGCGACGUCAGAGAGCUUUACUAAAGCCUUAGAGCAAAGCCAAGGCCAACCUGGUUCGGUCAUCCAUGGACACUAUCAGAAUGUUCUGUCAGCUAUUACUAAUGUUUUAGAGUACCAGUUAUCCGAGCGCGUACGUUUGGGCCAAAGUGUUGAGACACAGGACGAAUUUUACUGCGUCAAUGAUAUCUGGCGAGAGGCGUUAAUUAAACUGGGUAACAAUAACUGCCUAAAGACUAGUACCCGAGCCGUCAAGUUUGUGAUCAGUGAAGAUACAUUGCUCCAAGGUGAACCUACGCUCCUCUCCAGAUGCAGGCGCUUGGAGAAUGAGCAUGGAUUAAUACUUGAUUCCAUGAGAGAGAGCGAUGUCAACAAGAUGCUUGAUGUCAAUAAAGUCAAGUAUCCAGAAGAAUAUGGCAAGAAAAUUAUCAGACUGUCAAAGUGUUUCCGAGACAAGGAUGGUGAGAUGGUAGCCUGGGCAGGCACACACGGAGACUUCUCGAUUGCAGCAUUGCAUGUGUUGCCAGAGUACCGUAAAUUGAGUCUUGGAAGAAUUGUCCUGAACAGCCUCGCACUCACCCACGUCCAAUUAGCACGUGGGAUGCUGACAUCUUUAGGAGGCAAGGACAGUAGUUCGAUACCGACAUCUUCCUUAUAUGCGCAUGCAGACUGUCUAGACGAUAAUAUUCCAACCAUGGCCUUCAUGGAGCAUGCUGGUUGGCAUCGAGUUGGCACUUUCAUCUGGUUUGAUCUUCUUUACAAGUCACAAUCCGAAAAAAAGGACUGA